GAUUACAGGUAUUUCGUUUUCAACUCUCAAAGCUAAAUCAACCAAAAUAAAAACAUAGUGUUGCAUAUUUAAAAAGUGAUCUCUUCAUAAAAUAAAUAAAUUUAAUUAAAUUAAAUUAAAAAAAGAAAUUAAACAAAAUAUAACUAAUAUUGUAUCGAUUGUUAUUUUUUAAUUAAAAAAUUCAAAAUAAAGAUGCCAGGUCCAGGACGUCCAGUAUGGCAGGUUUGCGGUAAACGUAUUCCAGAAGAAGAAGCUGAAGCUCAAGCCUGGGUUGAAGCUGUAAUUAAUGAACGUUUUCCUCCUUUGCCGUUCGAAGAAGCCCUUCGUAAUGGUAUUAUUUUAUGCAAGUUGAUGAAUCGUUUGGUACCUGGUAUUAUACCAAAAAUUAAUACAUCCGGUGGAGAUUACAAGAUGAUGGAUAAUAUUGGACAAUUCCAAAAAGCCUGUACAAAAUAUGGAGUUCCCGAUGUUGAUUUAUUUCAAACUACAGAUCUAUGGGAUCAAAAAAAUAUUGCACUUGUAACACAAACAAUUUUUGCCCUUGGACGCGCGUGCUACAAACACCCUGAAUGGAAAGGACCAUUUCUGGGACCACGUCCUGCGGAAGAAAAUAGGCGUGACUUUACUGAAGAGCAACUACGGUCAAGUGAAGCCAUAAUUGGACUCCAAGCUGGAACAAAUAGAGGAGCGUCACAGUCCGGUCAAAAUUUUGGUGCAUCAAGAAAAAUUAUCCUUGGAAAAUAAGUUAAUAUUUAUAUAUGAUUUCAAUAUUGAUUACAGUACAUGUAUGUAUGUAUACGGAUACUCUUUUGCAAAAUAUUUCCUCAUGAACUUUCGUUUAAAUUAUUUAGCUAUAAAAUUAUUUUGUACAGGCUUUUAUCAUUAACAUUUUUGAAAUAUGAAUAAAAUUUAACUUAAAUUA